GUGAAUGCUAUAAUCUUUGCUUUGGCGUGAACCAUGUAAGGUGUCAAUAAAGUUUUAACUUAAUUAUUUUCUUUGUUUAUGUUUCUUUUUUAUUCUUAUAAGUAAAACUUUACUUUACUUAGAUUAACUUUUCAGUUUUAUUAAUGUGUUGUGUAGUGUUGUGAAUAUGGGUACCAGCACAAUGGGGAGUGAUUUACAUUCUGAUAAGCAGGACAAACUUUUGAAGUUGCAAGCUCGAAAGAAAGAAUUGGAACAAAUGCUCCUAUCAAAAAAUGAGGAAUUGUACAAAUUAUGUGUUCAAGAAGUUCAAUUAACAGGUGUUAUGCCACCGGAAGCGCCUCUAAGUCCUGAAGUGCCACAAAGAGAACGUUUGGGUAGCGUUCGAAGUACAGAAAGGUCCACAGACGGCACUGACGUUCAGGAUGGAUCGGAUACCUCAUCACGACGGAUUCGAACUGGGCCGGCAGAUCGUACACUUGAGUGUGAUCCAAAUGUUCGUAAAAAUAUGUGUCAUAGGUUAUCAACACCGUCAAUAUCUGGCAUGUCUAAAAGCUCGCAUUCUAGACAAUUGCGUCGUCCCGAAACUAGUUGUUCGAAUUUCUUUCCGUCGCCACCGCAAGAGCGGUAUCCUGAAACAUUUUCAAUACACACUUCACACACCUAUCCUGCGCUAGCAGGCCGCCAUGACUCAGCUCCGUCUGAAAACAUACAGAAUGAGUUGCAGCAAGGUCCUGUCUACAGACACCAUACUAUGACAACUGAGUAUACAAACCGCAUGUAUUACAAUAAUCCUAUUGAGGGUCACAAUGCCACAAGAUUACGAGAGACACAUUUCAGUUCAAGUCAUCCAGACAUCACCACACACUACACUCAUGGCACAAUUGCUCCUCAACCGGUUCCCCAGCAAAAUGGUGUACGAAAUACACCACUACUUUAUCAAUAUGCAUCUCAUUUGAAGGCUCAAAGUCAACAUUUAGGUGCAUUGGCGUACCAGCAUCAAAUGCAAAUGCAAUCGAAAAGACGAAACGACGGUGUACGCCGGAACACAUUACAAAGGACGCAAACAUAUCACCUUACGUCACAUAGUGACUACAAUCAACAUUUAGAAAACAUGUCCGAUGCAUACAGACCACCAGGUCCUGUGUAUCAACACAGAUCUCAACAUGAUAUGCAGGAACAACCAGCGGAACGAAUGCACCCUGUUGAACGAUUAGCAACUGUGCCAAAUUCUCUACCAUUACGAGAACGUAAUGUUAUAAGAAAUCCGAUUCACAUGCAACUGCAAGUAUCUACAGAUGAUUAUGGUUUUGAAGAUCGAAAAAAUUACCCCGAUGCUUUAAGUCCCGUUAGCCAAAUGUCAGGCUACUCUCAAGGUAACUUUGAUUCUGUAAGUAUGAAUAAAUUUUCACCACUCUCGCAAGCCGAUGGUAAAGUUAAAGAAAAACAAUGGUAUGAGACGUCUCUGGAUUCACCAACAAAACCCGAAAUGCCACUUUUAAAGAAGACAUCUAGUUUGAAACGCACACCCAGUCUUGGCAAUUCACAGACCUAUGAAGUAAUGAUCGCAUCAGGUAGGCAUUCGGCAAUGCAGAGUCCUCAUUUGAUUCCGCACAGUCCUCCGGUCUUAUCUCCUAGUGCAGUCUCCUUAGAAUCACCGAAAAACAUGACUGUUAUAGAACAGGGUAAAUGUAUACCAUAUAGAGAGGAAACGAAACCAUUUGAGAUGUCCGAUUUCUAUAAAUAUUCAACUAAAUUCAGGCAAGCGAAUGUUCAAAAGGCGCCAGUUACUCCGGCACCAAAUAUGAACAUAGCUUACAAUAAAGUGCCAAUGGAUAUGCCACAAUUUAGCCAAGAACACUGGCAUGGACAAAUUAAUUAAAAUUAGAUGACAUUAGUC